AUAGGGAUUUUUUUUUUUUGGUGGGUUUUGUAAUGGUGAAAUUUUGGCAUGUUAAAAAUUGUGAAUGGUGGGAGUUGAAUGGUUUAAAUCUCAAAUGGGAGCAUUGUAAAUGUGUAAUGUUAAACGUGCAGUUGGGAAUGGAUGAUAAACUAUCUUUUCGGUAGAUUUGGCCCAAUUUGGAAGGAAUGGUGAAUUUUUGAUUCAAAAAUUUUGAAUUUUUGAAAUUUCAGAAAUAAUACCCUGCGAGACAUGAAUUUUCUGAACAUGUUGGGAAUCGGAUGAAAAGUCUGUACGUAGAUAAAGGCCGACAAAAAAAGUGGUAAGAAUAAUAAUAUGAAAUAAUCAACCGACACAAAAAAUGGCUAGCAAGGUUCCAGUCGUCAGAAAAUUAGUCUAAGAUCCCUGUAGACAGUAAUAAAAUAAGUUCACCAUUGUCUCCCUUUCUUGAUCACAGUCCCAGGUGGCAUUUCAGGGCCUGAGUGGUGACUCCGCCUUGGACGUGCAGCUGCAUCCUUCGUUAAGACGGACCAUGACUACAACCUGCGGAGUAUGAGCAACCUGAUGGGCGAGCGCUGGAGGAAGGCGAGCGACGGAGGAGAGCGGAGUCUCAUCAAGGCUCCUUCCAACGCCAGCGUCAGCAGCCUGCAGGUGGCCGCGUCCAACGCCUCCUCCGCCGGCGCACCGGCGGCUGUGUCCUCCUCCUCCACCGGGGACCUGGAGAGGGCUGCGCGCAAGCAGUUCAUGCAAGAUGUCACGCCGGGCUUCGUCUACGUCCUGUCCGCCUUCUCCGCCCUAGGGGGGUUCCUGUUCGGCUACGACACCGGAGUGAUCUCCGGGGCCAUGCUGCUGCUCAAGAGGCAGAUGGAGCUGAGCGCCUUGUGGCAGGAGGUGCUCAUCUCAAGUACUGUGGCCGCGGCCGCCGUCGCCGCCCUCCUCGGCGCCUUCCUGAACGGGCUAUUCGGGCGUCGGGUGUGCAUCCUGCUGGCCAGUUUCUUCUUCACCGUCGGCGGCAUCGUGCUGAGCACCGCGCCCGGGAAGGAGGUGCUCCUGGCGGGGAGGCUCGUCGUCGGAGUGGGGCUCGGCAUCGCCUCGAUGACGGUGCCCGUCUACAUCGCAGAGGCGUCGCCGCCGCACCUCCGCGGUCAGCUGGUGACGGUGAACACCCUUUUCAUCACCGGCGGGCAGUUCACCGCCAGCUUGGUGGACGGCGCCUUCAGCUACGUGCGGCGCGACGGAUGGAGGUACAUGCUGGGCCUUUCAGUGCUACCCGCCGUUCUCCAGUUUGUGGGCUUCCUCUUCCUGCCCGAGAGCCCUCGCUGGCUGAUCCAGCGCGGACAAACCCAGAAGGCCCGACGCGUUCUCAGCCAGAUACGAGGAAAUCAGAACAUCGACGAGGAGUAUGACAGCAUCAAGAACAGCAUCGAGGAGGAGGAGAAGGACGGCGGAGGAGAUGGCCCGGUGAUCUGGCGCAUUCUGACCUACCCCCCAACGCGGCGAGCACUUCUGGUGGGCUGCGGCCUCCAGAUGUUCCAACAGCUCUCCGGAAUCAACACAGUCAUGUACUACAGCGCCACCAUCCUGCAGAUGUCGGGCGUGCGGGAUGAUCGGCUGGCCAUCUGGCUGGCGGGACUCACCACCCUCACCAACUUCCUGUUCACUCUGCUGGGAGUGUGGCUGGUGGAGAGAGUGGGCCGGCGGAGGCUCACCCUGGGCAGCAUCGCGGGCACGUUUCUCGGCUUGUGUCUGCUGGCAGUUGGCUUCCUGCUGUCGGCUCAGCACAGUCCUGCUGUCACCUUCCACCCAUUAGACCCCUCCAUGGCCAACACUACUUGCCUCAAGUAUCGGUUGUGCGAGCCCUGCAUGCUGGACCCCGCCUGCGGCUUCUGCUACCGCGAGAACGGCUCGGCGCUGCUCACCUCCUCCUGCGUGCCGGUCAAUAGGGCCUCCACUGAGCAGGCGGCGUGGGGCAGGUGUUCUAAUUCCAGCCAGAUGAGAGAGCACACUUACUGGGCCUACAACUACUGCCCCACCUCCUUCUCAUGGCUCGUCUUACUCGGAUUGUUGUUCUACCUGGCUGCUUUCGCGCCAGGAAUGGGUCCCAUGCCGUGGACUAUCAAUUCUGAGAUCUACCCACUGUGGGCCAGGAGCACGGGCAACGCGUGUGCAGCCGGAGUCAACUGGACCUUCAACGUUCUGGUCUCGCUCACCUUCCUCCAUUUGGCGCAGUACUUCACCUACUAUGGGGCGUUCUUCCUUUAUUCCAGUAUGGCCUUCCUGGGCUUCAUCUUCAUCUACGGGUGCCUGCCCGAGACCAAAGCUCGCCGGCUGGAGGAAAUCGAAGCGCUCUUCGAGAACCAGCUGUGCUCGUGCGGCGCGUCCGACUCGGAUGAGGGGCGGCAGGUGGAAUACAUCCGGGUCAAGGGGUCAAAUUACCAUCUAUCGGACAACGAUGCAUCUGACGUUGAUUAGACGUUUUGUCACAUAUGUUAGGUUGCUCUUGCUCUGUUUCAAAUGUGAGCUGGGAGCCUCCUUGUGAAUGUUUUACUUGUCAGCUCCUCCACUGAAUCGACGCCAAAUUUGGAGACAAAUCUCAAGCUGUGCACCACAAAUACGUCAAGUGAGGACAUACUGUAAUCGAAAAACAAAAGAUGCGGUGUGUCUUCCUCUUGGAUACUUGAACAAAUAAUGCUCACAAAGUCAAUCGACAUUGAGUCAAAUCAAGUUUGUUUUUUUGGGGGGCGGGGCAUAAUGUCGUUCAAGCUUUGUAGUGUAGCACCCUCGCCGUCUUAUUUAUUUGGAGUGCCUCGCAGCUUCUAUUUUUCCAGAGACGGAGUGAGAGUGGUCGGCUGAAAACAGCAAAACUAGUAGCACUCAACAUGCUGUCCCUUCCGAAAAUGUGAGGAGCUCAUUUCUUGCAGUAUUUCAUCCGACAGUAAAGAUAAUCGUGCCUGUGUUUUUUUGUGACAGUGCCUCGUGGCCGCCCUGAGCCCAAAAAGUUGCGUACGAUCCUUUUUUUUUUUUUUAUCUUUGCUGGUCAUUUGUGAUUUUUUUUUCUGUCUUCCACCACAGCCUUAUGUACAAACAGAUCAAAUUCAUAUGAUCGUCACAUCAUCAUGACCCAUAGGUAGGAGUUGGCGUAUUCCAUUUUCCAAGUGUGACAGUACGCCUGUUUUUAUGGUGAACUUGUUACGCUUUAGGAAAUUUUCCAAAAAUGUGCUGCGUAUAAAUGUGAACGAUUGUACUGAAAUAAAUAUUUGAAAACAGUUCUUAAAGAUUCAAUGCAGUUGUGUUGAACUUAAAGUGAAAUACAACUUUCUUGUACUUUGCAAAUGUUUUUUUUUUUUGUGUUUUUUUUUUUACCACAGUAACAUGACGCACAGUUUGAACUUUCAUCGUAAUAAGUACACUGGCACAAUCUAAGAAGUGGAUCAUGCUGAAAAAUAUUUCAAAAUGUUUCUCCUCUAGUCUUCACUUAUAAACUACUUGUACUACAUAGUGGGGAAUGAAAGUACCAUCAAAAUAUGAUUUGUGGGUUUUUUUAAGGAAAAAAAAUAUCAUUUUGUACAUCCAUCGGCGUGUUCCAUUUCCAGGCUGUGCAAUUUCUGACCAACUUUUUGCUGUGAUUGUUUCAGGCUGCACGUUGUGUCGCGUUCGCCUUUCAGCAACUGUGUUUAAAACUGUCCACAAACCGAGCAGUUGUUGUGCGUAAUGUCGUGUUUCACGUGACUGUGCAUUUAUGCGGAACCCCACACAUGGCAUUUGGAAAAAAACUACUUUGGGCACACGAUGUAACUACAGUAUUAUGUACCCACGAACAACUACGAAAUAGUUACAACGUGCACACUAAGUAGCGCUGAUCCCUUAUUGGACAAAAGGGUAUACAAAUCGAGCGCACCUUCACAGACUCGCUUCUCACUGACCGAAUCAGUUACUGUACUUCAAAACCCCACAAAUUAUUGCAUCUGACGUU